CAUUCAGAUCCUGCUAACGGGAGGCCCGAAACCAGCAACGCAAAACAUCAUUUACAACACCGACUCGGAAGGCUGAAACUAAUAUCUUUUUGUAUUCUACGUUUGACUAAAUAGACGUCUUUAUAUCGCCUGCAUGUGUGCGCUUUAUCAGCGAGCAUUUCUGGCGAGUUGAGCAGCUUUAACGUCAAUCUGUCAUUAGCAUUGUUAGCAUGCUAACCUUAUGACAGAGUACACUCGGCUGUUUUGAGCUGCACCAAACGACUGGAAAUCACCACAAACGGGAGUGACGUCACUGAAGGUCAUCAGCAGGGGCGCAGGGCACAAGAGAGGGUCUCACACAGAGGAAUGAGUCAUGACCUCUGUGGUGAUCGUAGAUGGUGGAGGGAAUAUAUUGGAGUAUGUCACCGCAGAUGAAGAAGCACAGCAGGAGGUUUGUCCUGAUGGGGAGGAAUCUUAUGGAGAGAAGGACUGUCCUGCGGUGAUCGUGGAGCAGGUGAACAGUGCUGAUGUGGAGCAGUGCUAUGCUGCUCAGGUGUUGGUCUAUGAUGACCAGAACACAUACCUGGUCCAGGAUGUGGCAGAGGAGCAAGUUGUGGAGACUGAGCUGCAGGAGAUGGCAGCAGUGGAGGUCUCCGUGCAUGACAAGACUAUUGAAGCUGCUGAAGCUCUGCUCCACAUGGAUUCACCUGCCAGCUUACAAGGGGACCGCAGUACAGAGGAGCUUUUAUCAGAGGUGGAGGUGGAGGUGAGAACUGAAGACAUGGGACCAGUUGCUAAAGAUAUUAUUGUCCUGCAGGAAGCAGAUUCACUCAAGAAGAAAAAGAGAGCAGGACGAAAACCCAGGACGCCACGAAAUUGCUGUGAUGGUUCUUUGGAUUUGGUCUAUAGGAGGAAAUCUAAAGACAGCAAGGGCUCGACUACUUACCUGUGGGAGUUCCUGUUGGACCUUCUGCAGGACAAGGAAACCUGCCCAAAGUACAUUAAGUGGACUCAGAAGGAGAAAGGCAUAUUCAAGCUUGUGGACUCUAAAGCGGUGUCUAAAUUAUGGGGCAGACAUAAGAAUAAACCUGAUAUGAACUAUGAGACAAUGGGAAGAGCACUCAGGUAUUACUACCAGCGGGGCAUUUUGUCAAAAGUAGAAGGCCAAAGACUUGUGUACCAGUUUAAGGAGAUGCCCAAAGACAUUGUUUUCAUUGAUGAUGACAAUAUGGACGACAGCAUUGAUGAGGGAAAGAGAGAAACUCCAGCCGCAUCCAACCGCAGCAAUCCGAGAGGCAAAGGGACGCCAGUGUCUCCCUCUACUGCUGUACCUAAAAUCAUCAAUCUAACCUCAGGACAAGAUGCCUUUAUGACCGUACAACAAUCGGGAGACAGCAUAACAGCAGCACCUGGGACUGUGAGGCUGGCCAUGCAGGUUCCUGUCCUCAUGACAACACAGGGUCAGAAAAUCUCCACAGUGACUAUGAACUCUCCCACCGUCCGCUCGCCGAUCCUCCCUGCGCCAAACUCCAUCAGCGGGGGCAACAGCGCAGGCAAAGUGCUUCUCCAGGCCGUCCCGACGCUAGUACCUUCUCAAGGCCAGAGCGGAGAGAGGAUCACCCUACAGCUCAUCACCCUUCCCACAAUGCCCGGCAAACCCGGCACUCCCAUCACGCUGAGCGCCCUCUCGCCCCUCACCGUGCCUACCAGCAACACCCAAGUCCUGAAGCUCGCCAUCCCGUCUAGCAUCAUCACCACUCCGGCCUCCACGGCUCCAGUAACAGUGGUGUCCUCGCAGCCGGCAGUGACCGUAGUGCCCAGCGUACAGCCAGCCAUGUCUCUACAUGACGUGACUAUCAUUAAAGUCGAACCUCCGGAAGUUUCCGUGGAUAAGGAGAAAACACAGACGAACACCACACAGAGCUGAACGAACUGCACGCAUCACUUGGUGUAAUAAAGAGCAGAGCGUCUGUUUCUGAUGGGAAACCAGCACUACAGCUCAAGCGCUUGUUCACGCACAACACUAUAACCACCGCGUGUAGCCUGGAUUAGACUUCUUUUUUAUUUCUUUUAUUUCAUAAUCUGGUUAAUUUGCGCUUCGUUAUAGCCGACCAUCUGCGCUGUGAUGCUGAAGGAAUGAACUUCAUUUGGUGCUAAAGACUGAAAGAGUCACACGGGUGAAGAGAAACAGCCGUCAUGUGUUUCGGGAGCGUAAACGAAUCGGUGCAUAGACGUACCUUUAUGCGGUAGUUUAUGAUCAAUACAACAAGCAGCCUUAGGUCAGCUUUUUUCUUCCCAAGUCAUUACUGAAAGUAAUUGAUUGAUCUUUUGUUUUGUGUAAAUAAUAUUAUUUUUGCUUUGGAUAUUUUGUACCUGGAAGUUUUGUUUUUUUUACAGUUGAAAGGAAACUGUUUUCUGAAGGACAUAUGAAUCUGUUUUGUCAUUUCAGACCUUUUAAAAUAAUUUACUUUGUGCAUUUAUCACUGUAUAUGUGUGUUCUGUAUCAUGCAUCCACUGCUUUGUAUUUUGCAGAUCAGUUUUUGUUUUUUCAUGUGUACAAAAAAGGGAAAGAAUGUCUGAUUACAGUAUAUUGAAUAUUCAAUAUAUGAAGCAUAUAUUUUGUUGUAUUCUUACCCUAAAAAAUGUAUCCAAGUAGAUUUAAAUAUAGAGAAUUAUGCAAACAA